AUGCUGCCCUUCCGGCGCUUUUGGAACCAGCUCCAACAAUCCUUACCAGGAGAACCCACCACCCCUGCAAAUUCCAGCAACCCUCCAGCUGCAGACACCCCACACACCCUGCCCACAUACCAGCCACGAGAUGCCACCGUAUGGGAGGUACUCCAAGUCCGCUAUAUCCUACGAAACAAGAUCACCCACCCACUCCCAGAGGAACUAAUCGAUUUAAUCCUCGACUCCGCAGAGUACUGGCCCAGCGCGGAAGUGGACAUGCAGCCAGGCGAGCGAGUCAUCCACAAAGACCGCGACCAAGUAAUCCUGAAAACCGUCCCCCUCUGCUACGACCGCGCAAGUCUAGAGUCCUCACCACUCCCAAUGCCCCACCGGAGCAAGCACCCCUGCCGAAAAAUAAUCUUCCACAUCUCGGCCCAUGACCAAGGCGGCGGCGGCAGCGGCCAACGCGAGAAUAUGUACGAGGGGUCCUGGACCUGGUUCGACACGGAGGUUAUCCGCGCCGCGCAUCUGAAGAAUAUGUAUAAAGACUACAAGGAGCAGGAGGUCCUGGAGAAUGAGCGCGGGCAGGUAGCGACGCAUUUUGGGCCUGAGCAUCCGAAGCUCCUACCAAGAGGGGAUAAGUUACAGGUAAAUCGGUGUCGUGUGUCGAGUAUGCAGGAGCAUAGUAUCGUUUGGCAUUAUCUGGAUGAUGUGUCGCCGGACUCGCUGGAGGCGGAGGAGGUCGAAAGGACGCAGGGCCGGGGGAAACUUACGCUGGAUGGCCGGGGAGUGAGAGAGUUGGAGGUGGGUGAUUCCAUUGCGGUGUGGGCCAGGGCGAGGUUUCCCGGGUGGUCGAAUCGGGUGGCACGGGCGAGGGUGCAAGUCUUCUGGGCAAUAUAG